UGAGUCAAUAAACAUAACCUCACCGUUAAUUAAUUUUUUCAACGCAAUUAUUAAUGGAUACAAAAACAACGAGUAAGACAAGUUGCUUAAAAGCCUUAUUACUAAGAGCAUGGCGUGAAAGAUGGUCAGAUUUACAAUGGGGUAUCAAUAUAAAAACAGUUUUACCAAGAGGUGUUAGUGGUGAUGUGUACGAUUUAGCCGAUUGUAUUUUACAACAAGCUGUCGUCGGUUCGGGAGCGAAUCAACUCGUUUUAAGUUAUUUAAAACAUUCCUUAAGUUCUCAGCUGGUAUCUCACGCGGCUGUGCUUCAAAAAGUAUCAAAAUUUCAACAAUUUCAUAAAGUGCAUUGUAUUUCAAGUCUGCUGGAUUUUUUGGAGGGUAUUUUACCAGGAGUUACAUGCUGUGGGAAAUCAGAAGGUACUCGUUUAGCGACAGCAUUGCAAUCAACUACGUAUUGGUUAUUACAAAUAUUACAAUCUUGUUUUAAUCAACAUGAAAUUUAUGAAAAAGCCGUUAAUAUUUUAACUUGUUUGCUAUCAAAUGAUUUUUAUGUGGCCAUGAUGUGUUUGGCAAAGUAUGUUGAACCGGAAACAUACUCUGAUAUUGUUAAUAAGUGCCAUGAACUUGAAUGUAACCCAGAUGAAUUAGGAGAGAGUUUACGAAUCUUACUGAAGUUAGAUCCUGAUAUUUUAAAUAAUUUAGAAAGUUCAAAUCAAUUUCCGGGUUGUUUGAUACAAUCUUGGUUAGCCGUUGAGAUGGCAAAACAAUUCCCUACAAGACAGUACUUAAUCCGACGUUUAAAACUUUUACAACACUUAAAAAACUUCUCCGAGCCACAACUUUACUCAGAAAUAAUGCGAGGUAGCUUAAUUUCUUUGUACGACGUUCGAGAAACUCAACAUGAGAGUCAAUGGGGUGCGUUUUGUUUUUUAAACGUCCCACUUUUACUUAAAGGAAUGGCAGAUAAAAAUGAUAGUGUUUCAAUUUGUGAUGCUGUCGAGUUAUUAUUGGAACCAUCUCCUUUAUUGGAUACAAUGGAUACUUUUCAUACUUGUUCUAACUUGGAUAGCUUAUUAGGAGAAUUUGUUAAAUUGAAUUUGAUUUCUGAAACUCAAAAAAUGCAAUUAUUGGCGAGACAUGAAAAGCCGGCGGAAUUAAAAGUUGAUCAAGAUCGAACAGCUGUACCUAGAGUUAUUAUUUGUGCUCAACAAAGUUGUGCUGGAAUUUUAAAGGCACUUUCUGGAGAAUAUAAAGAUUCUAUAAUAGGAAUUCUUCAUCAGUUCCUUCAAGGAAAAACGUUUGAACUGGUUUUAGCAGUAACAACAGUCCGAUGCGAAUUACGUACUUUAGUGGAGUUAAUGAUUCGUUUUAAUGAAGGUUCAAAAGCGGGUGGUGAUUUAACCCGGUUCCAAUUAUUCGAUUUAACUUUUAUUAUGGUGAUAGCAAUCGUUCAACGUCACGGAGUGUCCGUUUUAGACGGAUCCGGCGAUUCAUUAAUUGAAAAAUGGAUUGCUAAUUGCAUGGUUGAACCAAACCACCCAAAAGCAUCCGAACAAAUGCUUAAAUUGUGUAAUCCCGCAAUUGUUGAAACUCUUUUACAACAUUUUAAUGAAGGUAACGCAGAUGUCACAUCAAUUUCGAAUAUAAAAUGGCAAGAUGUUUUGUUUAAUAUGUCUGGAGUGAUGAAGGAGGUUUUAAUUGCUUGGGAACAAGGAUCGUUGCAACCAGCUGAUGUUCAAAGAAUUUUGGAUGCGAUUCGAGGAAAAAUGUGUUGUGUUCCUUUGGCGGCGGCAGCUUGGGUUUGCGCUUAUAUGCGAACCGCCCCUUCUAUUUUAAAACCAUGUAAUGUGUUACAUCAGUUGUUAUCAACACCUCCAAAUGCUGAAGAUGAUACGAGUAUUUUAGAUAGAUGGCAUUUAACUUUGGAAAUAAUAAGAAAUAUGCAAAAACAUGUUCAUACAGCUAAAUUAAUAAGUACUCGUAAUAACAAUUCUAUACAACCAGCAUCGGAGCAAUUAAAUAAUAUUUGGAAAUCAACCUUGGGUAAAGGUUGGUUAGAUUUUAAAUCAGCAAGUACUCUACAUGAUUUAUUAGAUACAGCGGGAUCAAGAUGGUUAGUUACUUCCGUUUUACAGGAAUUAUUAAAAGUACGUUACAACGAGCAAUUAGAGAAAGGGGCUGAUAUAGCUUUAGCUAUAUUUCACGUUGAUAUCAAAUCAUGUACAAUCGAACUUUUAUCAAGCGCUUUACCCCAAAUUUUACACAAUUCUCUUCAAGCCGAUCUCUUAAUGGAACCCCAAUUAGUUAUAUUAGCUCGUUUAACGAGUUAUUGCGUCUACGCGGCUUCAAAUCUUCAACAACUUGAUGAAGAAAUCGAUGACAUCCCUUCAAAAAGAUCCAAAAUUGACAUGCCAAGCGAUAACGUUUUGGACGCUUUAAGGAGGUUAUUAACAACGUUAGAAACGGGGAUGUUAGAUGGGCAAUUACCUCAACAAACCUAUUUUACUUUUGAGUUACUAAAAAGUAUCGUUGAAGUUAAAAUUCCAAGAUCUGAAGCUGUUUUAGCAGCGAUUCCUCCUACUUUAGGAUCACAACUUUUGAGAACUCUACCGGAUUCAUUCAGUCCAGGAAUUUUAUUAAAUUUACAUGACUUACACACUACUCAAGGAAGAAGUCUCGCAUCUAGAGAUUUAUGUAUAUUAAGAAAUUAUCAAUUACGAAAUGCUACAAUAUAAGGUUUUUUUUUUAA